AUGCUAGCGGUCGUUGCUGCGAUUUGCGCUACGCCUCUCAAAUUCGCUGAGGAGGUUCGACCUGUCAUAGUCGCUAGGGAGGAUGGCACCUGUAAUGAGAACGAUGUUGAUGCAGAAAUCAGAGAGGCCGAGAAGAUUUUGAACGCUUUCUUGUGCUACGGCAUGCAUGGUCGCGAAAUGGCAUGCAGAACUAUGAUGUCUUUCAAGAAGCUGUCUCCCACUCAUAAGAAUAUAAUACUACAGUCCCAUAAUGAUCAUAUGCGAAAAGAUUUUGAAAAAGAUUGUGACCUACGGGCUGAAUGUUUUUGGAGAAGAGUUUGCAACAAAAACCAGGAGAAUUCGUCAAAAACGGUUGUGAACCAGGUGCCGACACUUCCAUUGAAGGCGUUGACUGAUCUAUGGCCAUUCAGACGUCCAGAUCCUCACUACAUGUCCAAAGUUCUGAGCACCUUGCGCCAGAUAGUACGAGAAUGGACCGUUGAAGGAAAGCCGGAACGUGAUGCUACCUAUAAGCCACUUUUUGAUCUCAUACGAGAGCGUUACCCUAGCACGAGCGAGAGGCGUAUAAUCAGAAUCAUGGUUCCCGGUUCUGGGCUUGGCCGGUUAGCAUACGAACUUGCAAAAGAAGGCUUCACUAUAGAGGGGAACGAAUAUAGCAUGGUUAUGUUGAUGACAUCCUCUUUUCUCUUGAACGCGUGCUUUGAGGCAGAGGAGCAUGUUAUGUUUCCUUACGCUUUGGAUAAAAGCAAUUGCUGGUCGUAUGAGGACCAGACGAGACCUGUGUACUUCCCUGAUAUUGGUAAAUCGAGAACUGAGGCCCCACCCAAUUUCUCGAUGAUCGCCGGUGACUUUUUAGAGAUAACGCAAUCGAGAACAUCACAAUUCGAUUGUGUUGUUACGGCAUGGUUCAUCGACACGGCCAAGAAUAUAAUCGACUACAUAGAGACUAUCUACAAGAUUCUUAAACCAGGUGGAAUUUGGCUGAAUGUGGGACCUCUCACAUACCAUUAUGAGGAUAUGAUCGAGGAGAUGUCCAUAGAAUUGCCAUACGAGGAAGUGAUGCGAAUUGUACGUCUUACUGGUUUUGUCGUCGAAAAAGAAGAGCGGAUUACAAGCUAUUAUACCGUAAAUCGAUUGUCUAUGUUACAAAACCAGUACACUUGUGCUUUUUUCGCCGCUAGUAAACCUGCGAUUUGCUAA